ACUAUUAUCCCAACCCGCAGAAAUAAGUUAUCUAAAAUAAAAAAAAAUCUGGUUGCAUACAAUAAUUACUGUAACUGUGCAAUUUCUUAAGCUUUUUUUCAACUUAUCACUUAUCAACAUUGUUGAUAUAUAUAAAAGCAAUAUCGCUGGUAGUUCAUUAGAUACCACAUCCGAUACAUCGCGAAACGGUUUCCGAUGUUUCUUACAGCUCUAGUGUGGAACUUGGAUACACAUAUAAAAAGCAAACAUUUCGGAUAAUUAUAUUAAUAAAAUUAUAUUUAUUUCCCUAUUGCAUGAGAUAUUUGAAUUAUACAUGUUCUCAUGCAUAUCUAAAAUUUAACGCAAGGCCGAAUCAUCGUAUAAAAAACAGAUAUGGAUGCAUUUGAUGUGGAAGAUAAAAACAGCUGGUAUUUUGGUCCAAUGUCCCGGCAGGACGCCACAGAAGCCUUGAUGAACGAGCGUGAACGUGGGGUCUUUUUAGUUCGUGACAGUAAUUCCAUAGCGGGCGAUUAUGUACUGUGUGUAAGAGAAGAUACUAAAGUUAGCAACUAUAUCAUUAACAAAGUUCAACAACAGGACCAUUACGUUUAUCGCAUUGGAGAUCAAUCAUUUGAUGACUUACCAAAACUAUUGACUUUUUACACCCUACAUUACUUGGACACUACACCACUGAGGCGACCGGCCCUAAAAAGAGUAGAAAAAGUACAGGGAAAAUUUGAUUUUGUCGGCAGCGACCAAGACGAUUUGCCCUUUCAUCGUGGUGAAGUUCUAACAAUAAUACGCAAGGACGAAGAGCAAUGGUGGACGGCGAGAAAUUCAUCGGGUCAAAUUGGUCAAAUACCUGUUCCCUAUAUAGAUCGGUAUGACGAAAACAUGGAUGAGAAUGCAACGACAGCUGCUCAUCAUCCAUUAACUGGAAAUUUGCUUGGAGGUAGCUCCCUAAAAAGGACAGACCUAAAUCGCAAACUACCAGCAUAUGCCCGUGUUAAACAGUCGAGGGUGCCAAAUGCAUACGACAAGACUGCGUUGAAAUUGGAAAUAGGCGAUAUUAUUAAAGUCACCAAAACAAAUAUAAAUGGCCAAUGGGAGGGGGAGCUAAAUGGUCGAAACGGUCACUUCCCAUUUACGCACGUUGAAUUCGUCGACGACUGUGAUUUAGCAGAGUUACGUUCAAAUGGCACCAGUAAAAGUGAAUGGGAACAAUAAGAAAAAAAAAAUAUGUUCAUCUAAUUCUUAUUUAAAGUUAAAUGUAUUUAAAACAAUUGUUAAUAUAAUCAAGAAUAUGGAAUACCAACCUAUUAUAAGUAUAAUAUAAUUAAAAAAGGCAUGGAAUGUGACCAACAAA